AUGGCGGCGAUGUACACCAACAAAUUCGAGCACGGCGCUGGACAAGCGGCGUUACCGGUGUCGAUGGCUCCUUCGGCGACGUCGCCUCCUAGGAGGAGCUCACUCGUUUCCUCACACAACUCAUCGAGUCAAAAUCAAAACUCAGUAGAGAACGGCAGCAAUGGAACCGUUGAAAAGAAGUCCCAGAAACCAUCAACGCACGUUAAGAAGCCACUGAAUGCGUUCAUGCUAUACAUGAAAGAGAUGCGAGCCAAGGUGGUGGCCGAGUGUACGUUAAAGGAGAGCGCUGCAAUCAAUCAGAUUCUGGGUCGGCGGUGGCACAGUUUGACACGAGAGGAGCAGUCAAUAUAUUACGAGAUGGCACGUAAAGAACGUCAGCUGCAUAUGCAGCUGUAUCCCGGGUGGACUGCGCGUGACAACUAUGCCCUUAACACCAAGAAAAAGAAAAAGAAGAAGGAACGGAUCCACGAUGCAGACGUGAGCAACAGCGCCAAGAAAUGCCGAGCGAGAUUUGGCCUCGACCAACAGAGCGAAUGGUGCAAACCAUGUAGACGGAAAAAGAAGUGCUCCCGCUUCCUCGGCGGCGACGACAACCCCGGCUCGAACAACCCGGGGUCGAAUGCGCCGUCCUCCAACGGGCCGUCACCCAAUCAAGCCGACGAUACUGACAGCGAUAGCGAUAGCGACGAGCCGAAUAUUUCGUCUGUCGAGGCUCCGACGCCUCCUGACAGCGUUCUGAUGCAUCGAAGUCCUGGAGCUCAAUCCCUUUGCACGGACGAUGAGCAUCCACUCCUCUCGCCUUCGCUACCAAUGCCCCCGUCGCCUCGGGUUCCGUUGCCGUUGCCGACCUCGUAUAAAAAUCAUCCUUUGAGCAUCCACCAACUGACGAGCCAGUCGGACUGCAAGCGCGAGCCUCAAGAUCAUCCGAUGCUCGGCGUCGAGAGCAUCCUCACUCCGCCUUCGACCGAAACCCCUCAUUUGUUAACAGUGACUUAGUGAGUGACAUGAAGGAGCCAGGAGGCAUGUAUGACUGAAGGAACUCUCUCCAAGAGCCUUUUAGAGCGAGCUUAGAAAACUAGGAAUUGAGCCAAUGUUCAGAAUAGGUAGAUCGUAGAGGAGCAACGGUGCCGCCACGGAAUCGGCAGUUCAGGCCGAUGAGGCGGUUUUUUUCUCAUGCUGGAUGUACAUAAUACGACUGAGCCCUCCCCUGUACAAAGUACUGUGUAUACAGGUGAUGUGUAGAAUAAAGAUUGGAUCGCCGAGCCGUCGGGGACGAGCAAGCGUAGAGAUUACGAGUUGCAGGCAGCGACGUGCGCCUUGAACCGGAGAGCACCGGUCACCAUCAGAGACCAUCGGCCACGAUCGGCGUGCAUACGGCGUGCGCUGAGAGUAGCGAUAUCAAGAACGAACCCGCGGCUCGACGACCUCAGGCUUGGGAAACCCCGUGUUCUCCUUUUGGCAUGAGGUGGUCGUAUAGUGGUUCGCGACAGCAGAAGUCGGAAUCACUCCAGAUGUACGGGAAAGUGUCAAAGUAGAUCCGCUCCUAGGUUUAUGAGAUGCAAUAUCUUCUUUGUUAACUACGCAUCUCUCGUAAGACAUGCCCAAGAGACUGCUAGCAGAUAUGCGACCUCUAUCCUGAAUCCAAACUGUAUCAUAUACGAAGGUAACGAGCGCGUGUCUGCCGCGUGCAAUCGCUUCAACGAGCGCUGAAAAGGCGGACAGAAAGAUCCCAUACAGUAAAUGUCAACCAUGUUAAGGAGUGUCGAGCCCAUUGUCAAAAAUAAACUUCUGGACGAGCACUAGCAGACGUUCAGCCGGAGCAAA